AUUCAGGCCUACAACCAGUUGCACUUAUUGAACACUUAUUGUGUAUUGGUUAUUCCAUGAGGUACUGGGGGAGGCCCUUUGAAUAGACAGGGUCAGAGAGAGGUAAGGACAGAAAAGAAACAAAGAGAAAGUUCUUGCCAUCAACUGAUUUAUAACCUCUUUGGAAACCCAUAAAAGGCAACUUGGGUAAUUUUUGGGCAGUGCAGCUGAGUGCAAUUAAUAAUGGUAACAGAAUAACUGAUUUUUUUCUCUUUGCAUACAGGUGGUGUUAGCGAAGCAUGUGUAUGAGCAGGUUUUACAAACGCUGGACAAUCUCGUGUAUAGUGAAGACCUGAAUAAGUUUCCAGUCAGUGCCGCCUCCUCACCUUGCCCUAACUCUCCUCUGCCUUCCCUCAGUACCUGUGGAGAACCUUCCCUUGAAAGGAAGGAGAAUGGAUUGUUCAGCCACUCCAGCCUUUCUAACUCUUCUCAGAAGUCCUCGUCUGUGAAGGAGGUCAAAUCUUUUACCCAGAUUCAAGCCAACUUUUGUAUAUCAGAGCUUCAAGUUCAGCUAAGUGGUGAUCUGACCUUGGGGGCCCAGGGGCUGGUGAGCUUAAAGUUUCAGGAUUUUGAGGUGGAAUUCAAUAAAGACCAUCCCCAGACCUUAUCCAUUCAGAUUGCCCUGCGUUCUCUGCUGAUGGAAGACUUAUUGGAGAAAAAUCCGGAUUCUAAAUAUAAGAACCUGAUGGUGUCUCGGGGAGCCCCUAAGCCGUCAAGUUUAGCACAAAAAGAAUAUCUCUCUCAGUCUUGCCCUUCGAUAUCCAAUGUGGAGUAUCCUGACAUGCCUCGCUCUCUGCCUUCCCACAUGGAAGAAGCUCCUAAUGUCUUUCAGCUGUAUCAGAGACCUACCUCGGCAUCCAAGAAGAAGCCAAAGGAAGUCCAAGACCAGGACUGUCCCUUGACCCCACCUCCUUCUCCAACAGUAGAUGAGCCCAAGACACUUGCUGGAAAGAGUAAAUUUGAUGAUUCCUUGGUCCACAUCAAUAUAUUCUUGGUGGAUAAGAAACACCCAGAAUUCUCUUCCAUUUACAACCGAAUUAACCGGAGCAUUGAUGUUGAUUUUAACUGCUUGGAUGUGCUCAUCACACUGCAGACUUGGGUUGUGAUACUAGAUUUUUUUGGAAUUGGUUCCACUGCAGACAACCAUGCAAUGAAGGUACCUAUGCCUGAGGAUAUUCUACAAAACGUGAAGUCAGAAGCAAAUGCUCUGUCAGAGCCUGAACUUCAGGAUCCAGUUAACACCAAGCUGGAUCUCAAGAUUCUAGAUAUCAUUUCAUCUCUACAAACUUCAGUCUUCAUUCCUGAAAAAUACAGACUUUUAAAAUAUAACUACAAUGCAUUGUUACAUCUAACUACCUUAGCAAGAAUUUCUUGGUACUACGUAUUCCCUUAUUUUCUCAAAAAUGCUCGUUUACUUGUGCAUUGUAGAGGAAUGAACGAAUUAAGAAGCUUCAUGUCUUUCCUUUGAGGUCUACAAUUCAGUGGAAUACUUUGCUUUUCUGAGCCAUAGUUUCCUCAUCUACAAAAUGAGGAGAAUUAAAAGGACGUUUGAAUCUUUUGAA